AUGACAUUAUUUUCGUGUCGUCGCAGUGUUUUAAAAGGAGACGAGCUACAGGCUAAAAUUAACGAACUGCAUCAUUUCUACAUGCCCAUGGAUCUUAACUCGGCGUUUCAUCAGAGCAAACUUAAAGCUAUCCGCGAACUCGAUUUGAUCCUGAAAAAUACUUCCCGACAGGACCUUCACGAGGCUGACUUUGAGGAGCUGCUUUUGUGUGCUCUCACUGUCAUCUACUAUUUUGGAAUGCGCCUCAAAUUGAGCAGAUUAACUUCACGAUAUUGGUACUGGUGUGGAAAGAGACAUUUUCAUAAAGCAGAAAUUGUUUUUCAAAACACAAUGGCGCUCCUGCAACCGGAACGCAGUGAGAGGACAAUAAAGAUAACUCUCCAUUUCUUCGCCUUUGUGGAAUUGUGGCCUUUCGAGAGCUUUGUCAGUCAAGUCUUAGAAGUUGUCCUGUUUUUUAAUGGGGGGAAAACUAUACUUUUUAAUCUUAUGUUGACUGAUAUCCAUUAUAUAUUAUUCAGUGACAUAAAAUCGGCUAGACAUCGAAUGCGAGUUUUGUAUGAAUUAUUAAACAGCGAAAAUUGGAUUAUAGAUAAGCAGAAGUUGCUUCCGUUUAUUACGCGUCUCUUAGAUUUUUUCGUUUUGAGUAUAACCAAAAGUGAUAAUAAAAUCAAAGCGUACACAUACCUUCGUAAAGGUUUCGAGGUGUGCCUGCGCCGCAUAUUCGAGAGGGCCGAGAACCAACACCGGCUGAUGAUAAUCACCACCAUGUUAAAUUGGUUUUCCAUGGUCAACAUGAAUGAUGAAGACGUUUUGGAAUUUUCUGCGCUGCUUACAUAUGCUACAGAAUUAUAUAAAGUGGGGCUUUACAGUGAGAGCUUUCGUGAAGAAUUAUUUGAUCACGUUUUAGCUAAUUUGGUCGGUUCAAGUAAUCGAUUAUAUAGCUUGGUGGGUUGUCAUGUUUUGGAGAAAAUUUUAGACCGAAAAGGAAACGCUGUUUAUCUUCAUGUUCCCACUUUAUACUACGAAUUCUCACAGGUUCGUUUAAGUGUUGGAGAAUAUGACAGCGGCGACAAAGCGUUCGUUCGGCAGUACAGGGAGAAGGUCCACGAGUACCUCCUUAAGGCCAUGAAGCAGCAUUGCAGCACCCUCGACAAUAUCAAAGCUAUCUUCACAGUUAUAUGUUGUCUCGUGUUGGAAGUGCCAUGUGGCUUGACCGCAGCAGCCGCCGCCUGGAUGGGCAUGUCCAUCCAGAGUAUAGCUCUGAACUGUGAACAAUUAGCAGAUACUUACCGUUAUUGGAUGCAUGCUAUUGUUAUAUCAAUCAUGUCAUUGAUAUGUUGGGUGCACAAAGCGCCGACCCUGUAUCGGUACGUGAAUCAGGUGAUAUCGCGAAGGGCUAAAGAAGCCCCGCAAUUGAAUCCACCACUCCUGCAAUACUAUUAUGUUGCUCAGCAUCACAUCACUUGGAACAAACCAACUCUUUUUUUCGAAGACUGGGAGCUGCGUUAUGGCCUAUGGAAACAUUUUCAGGAUCAUCUGUUGUUCUCCCUGGCCACGCUCUUUCUGUUUCUUUUCGCGCAUGCAGACGGUCGGACAAAGAAGGUCGUAAUUCACGUGCCGUACAAAGUGAAGAAGAUAAAACAUACUCACACAGUAUACAAGACAAUUCAUCAUCACCAUACUCACCACGAUCACAUAGACCAUGGCACCUCACCGUCCGAGGAGCAUGAACACUUCCACCACAUGCAUUUACAUGACGAGCCGCCUCUCGGGCAGCACACACAGCCGAUACCAGGUAUAGGUAUCCCUGAGUUCCUGCCUGACGUUCCCCUGGAUGUGCCACUGCCAGAUCUACCAGACCUUCCACGGAAUCUUAUGGGGGCUUAG